AUGUUGACGUUUUACAUAUGGGUGGCAGAACGAGCAGAGCACAAGAAGGUGCAUCCUGCCGGCAUCCACAGAAGAAAGCCCAAGGCUUUCGAGCUUAUCGAUCGGGGCAAUGCCGAACUGGGCAUUCAGCCCACCGUGAGCGUGCAUGGCAAGAUCUUCCAGAUCUGCAACAAGUCGCUGUUCGUCUUUGGUCUAGAUGGCUGGACCAGACGGUGUGUGAUGAGUUUGGUUGGAUGGGUAUGGUUCGACCGGAUCAUCCUCUUUCUCAUUGCAUUGAAUUCAAUAGGCCUCGCCCUGGUGGACUGGCGGAGUGACGCCAACACAGGUUUUAACGGGUUCUACAACAACGUCUUGGACCUGGGGCUCACGAUCUUUUUCACCCUGGAGGGCAUCUUGAAGGUUGUCGCCUGGGGCUUCUUCUGGGACAGAAACUCUUAUCUUCGAGACGCCUGGAACUGGCUGGACUUUAUCGUGAUCUUGACAGCUUGGGCGACCUAUCUGCCAGGAGGUGGAGCGGACAGUCUUGGCUUCUUCCGUGUCUUCCGCGCCUUGCGGCCGCUGCGGUCGCUAAACGCGGUUCCGCAGAUGAAGGUGCUCGUGAACACGGUCAUUAGCUCUGUUCCCCGCCUCGGCAACGUGUCCGCUGUGGGAGCCUUCCUUUUCCUCGUCUUUGGCAUCGUAGGUGUCACUCUGAUGAGCGGUGUUUUUAAUCGGCUAUGCCACACAGCUCAGAAUCCCGUUCUAGUCUUUCAAAACGGCACUGGGACCCAGUGUUGGUCCUGGCCCUAUGCAGACGACGACCGCCUGUGUGGCGGUGCCUACAACUGCGAAGCUUCUGGCGGCUUCUGUGGUGGCCUCGAAGAGGACCAACGGGAGGAGCUGAGGCCCCACUUCGGCGCGAAUGGCAGGAUGAACCUGCCUUGGUGCGCUGGAAGUGAGCCCAAAAAGCUGACACCCGAUUCGGAGUACAUGAACUUCGACAACAUGUUGUGGGCUUUGCUAGUUGUCUUCCAAUGCAUGACAAUGGAGGGCUGGACCGAUAUCAUGUACCGCGUGCAAGAUGCCUACGACUUUGUGGCUGCCACGGUCUACUUCUUCUUGCUGAUACCGCUUACUUCUUUCUUCCUGCUGAAUGUAGCGCUGGCCGUGGUAGACGAGGCCCGCGCCGACUUUGACGAGGAGGAGGCAUCGGAAGAAGAAGAGAGCAAUGAAAAGGACGGAGAAACCCUUCGAAAGUCUCUUCUAGGCGAGGACGACGAGGAUCCGGACGAGCAGCCGCCUUGGCUGGAUUGCAGUCUCGUGCAUACCUGCAGAGCCAUCGCCUUCAGCGAGUGGUUUAUGAACAUUAUCAUGCUCUUUAUUGUCAGCAAUGUCAUCACGAUGAUGAUGGAGAGCUUCCCGCCACCCGGGGCUCCCCAGCAGGACAUAGUGGGUUCACUGGAACUUACCUUUCUGGUGGUCUUCUGUGUGGAGAUGGCCGUCUUGCUGACUGCGCUAGGCCCGCACAAGUACUUCUCGAAUCCAGUGACGGCUUUCGAUGGUGUCAUCGUGAUCACUUCUGUCGUCCAGAUGUGUGUUGGGCAAGCUGGCCCGUUUACAGCGCUGCGGACGCUGCGCCUCUUCAGGGUCCUGAACAAACUGGCCAACCGUUGGCCGUCUUUCAAGGUGCUCCUGAAGGCAAUGGUGUUGACAGCCAUUUCACUGAAUUACUGGCUCAUCCUCUUUGCGCUGGUCCUGUACAUUUGCACGCUUAUGGUGCAAACAUUCUUUGCAACGGAGUUUCACUUCAACGACCCUGACAGUUUCGAUUAUGUGACCAACCCUGGUGAGUUUUGGUGUCCUGGGACGGAGAAUGAGAAAGAGGCAGCUUAUCGUCAGGACUGCAUCCCGCGUGCCAACUUCGACACCUUCCUUUGGGCUCUGGUUACCAUCUUCCAGAUCAUGACAGGUGAGAACUGGAACACCGUGAUGUACGCAGGGAUGCGAGCUGCAGGUCCUGGUUUUUGCCUCCUAUUCGUGCUGCUUAUCCUUUUUGGUCAGACGCUUUUCCUCAGCUUGUUCCUGUCCAUGCUGAUGUCCAAGUUCGACCACGUACAGGACAGCUUGAACCAGCAAGAGGACUUGCGAAGAGAACACACGGCGCAGCGACUCAGAAAAAAGUCGCUGGAAUCGUGUUCCAUUGAAUUUCCAGAGAGUCCGAAGCCGGCGAGCAGCCGCGUGUUGCACUCCGCCAAGAGCAUGGCGGAGAGCCUCUCCAGCUUCAAGCGGUCCCUCACCGAGAGGGACACCUGGCCAGUGGGCUACGCAUGGUUCAUCUUCUCCAAGACCAACCCCGUUAGGAAGCUCUGCCAUUGGAUCUUGCACGCCCAGGUCGAGGUCGGAGGCUGCAAGAUCCUGUGGGUUAAAACACCCAAAAUUCGAUUGGUCUUUGAUAACUUCAUUCUGCUAUGCAUCCUGGUGUCCACGGUUACCAUGGCCAUGGACUCUCCCUUGGCGGACCCAAAAGAGCCUUUGACGAUCUUCUUGCGCGGUGCAGACGAGGUGUUUGCCAUCAUCUUCAUUGGAGAGAUGGUCAUCAAGCUUCUUGCUUUGGGCCUGAUCUGGGGCGAGGAUGCCUACUUGAAGAGCUCCUGGAACUGGCUCGAUGGUGUAGUGGUCAUGGUCUCCAUCAUUAACAUGGCCAGCUCCAGCUCCACGGGCUUCCUGAAGACGCUCCGCAUCCUGCGUGCUUUCCGGCCGCUGCGCGUCAUCUCCCGCAACGAGAACCUGAAAGUCGUGGUACAGACAAUCUUCGCUUCCAUGCCUCAUCUGCUGACCUUGGUCAUUGUGGCAAUGCUCUUCCUUCUGAUUUUCGCUUUGUUCGGGCUGUCUUACCUUAAUGGCACAUUUUUGAUGUGCGAUCUGGCGACCGAGCCGGGCCUUGCGAAACAGCUCGGUCAGGACUUUACAACACCGUUGUGCUUUCCACCCGCAAUAGAUCAAGUAACCGUCUCCGGUGGCCUGACCCAUGGCCAGUUCCAGCCAAGCACAACGAGCUGGGCUGGCAACACCACAGCCUGUCCAGGUUCGCAUUACGUGGAAUAUCAGCGGAUUACAGCAGACACGCCUAUUUGUAUUGGGCGCUGUCUCCCUGAAGGCUACUCCACGUUUACGCAACCGGAAUGGCUCUGCCCAAAGGCCCUGACCAUGACGGAAGAACUUCCAGCAGCCUGCGGACCUGAAGUCACAAGGAACAUUUCCGCUGCUGAACAACGAGGGAUUGCGUAUGUGGACCAGAUGACUCGAUCCCUGGUUCUUCCCUGCGGUGGGAGUACUGUGAACUCCACUGGCCACAUGGUACUUACGGCACACGGGAUGAGCUGUGCUGACCUUUUCUGCGGCGAGGUCGACGAAGAGGUGAAGACCCAGUGCCGUGCGACUUGCAGCCAGGCUCCGUACUUCUGCGUGGAUGCAUGCGGGCCGGGAUUAGAAGGAAGUGCCCAAUGUGAGUCCUGCAAGUACGAGUGCGAGGCGCAGUGCAGGUGCCCAGAGUUCUGCGAGGGCCUGAUCCGAGAUGCUGCGCUCUGUCUGGAGCAGGGCUCGAGGUGGGUGCCAACUAUCAGCCAAAACUUCAACAACAUUUGGUUUGCAAUGCUCACCCUCUUUGAGAUUUCGACCACGGAGGGCUGGGUGGAUGUGAUGUACUCUGCUGCAGAUUCUGUGCAGCCUUACGUGCAGCCCAAGAGAGACAACCAAGAGACGCUGUGGGUUCCGUUCUUUAUGCUGUACCUUUUCUUCAGCAAUAUGUUCAUCAUCAAUUUGAGCGUGGGCGUCAUUGUCGAUAAGUUCAUGUCUAUGAAGCAAUCCAACACUGCGGUGAUGCUGACAGAACCGCAGAAGAAUUGGGUGAACUCCAUCAUGAGCCUGUACUCAAGGCGACAGAUUGUCAACCUCAUGGACCUUCACGAAAAGCCCUGGUUGAGACGGAAAUGCUACGAGCUGGUAUCCAGCGAAUUCUUCGAGACCAGCAUCAUGGGUGCAAUCGUGAUCAACACACUGUUCCUGGCAGCCAAGAUCACUCCCACCCCGUUUCCGGAGUGGGAGACAUUUCUGGAGACAGUGAACUAUAUCUUUGCCGGGAUCUUCACUGUUGAGUGCGUGCUCAAGAUAUUCGCUUUGCGAACCAACUACUGGGGAGACCGAUGGAACUGCUUCGACUUCACAUGCGUUGUUGCCACGAUUGUGGGCAUUGUCGUCAGCAGAGCCUCCAAUGUAGACGGCUCACUUGUCCGCGGAACAGAGCAGAGGCAAAGGUCAUCCGUCUCAGAGAUCUUUGAGCACUUUGGAACUUCAGCAUCUUGCCUGGUGGACUUGUGGACUCCUUCCACUGGCAAGCUCCCUCGCGACCUGGCUCUGGCCGUGGCCGACGAGGCGCCUGCAGAUGAGGGCGGCUUCAUGACCAAGGUCUUCGCCGCAGCAGCCCAGGGCUGUACCGCCGCGCUCGUGGCCGCGAUCCUGUCCGCCAUGUGCGAGCCCCUGGUGAACAGGCUGCUGGUGAAGCGCAUGACCGUGGCCCAGGCCUAUUCUGAAGUUACCUUCAGCCUCGUUGCCAACUUCUUCCUCACGACCUUCCCGACGAACAUGCUGAAGUUUCCAGUCUUUGAGGUCAUCAACAGGGCCAUGAUGUACACUAGCCUCUCCCCCGGUGUGAGCGGUCUCAUCAGCGGCUGGCUCUUCUGCACGAUCAUGCUCCCCGUGACCAACUACCGCUUCCGCAAGUCCAUGGGCUGGGAGAUCAAGGCCUCCCUCCUCUACCAGGCUUACAUUCCCACGGUGGCCCGCGACAUCAUCUACGGCUGGGCCCGUGGACUGGCCGGCCCUCGCAUCCAGGAUGCGCUCGCCCCAACCACCUUCACGCACAAGGCCAUGGUCUUCGGGCUCACGAUCUGGGCCUCCUGCAUCAUCUCAUCUCCUUGCAACGAGUGGCGUGGAUACACCCUGCAGCCUCCUGACAAGAAGCUCCCCUUCAACAUCUACUUCAAGCCGAUCAACUACGCACGCUCCACGGGUAUCGGAUCCACCAUCAUGGGAGUGGCCCUGUGCUUCGGAAUGCUGGUGACACCCUAUGCUGAGGAGGCCUUCGCAUACAUGAAGGAGCACACUGCCAUUGCGAUGGCCAUCGUGGCUGUGUUGAUCAUCGUGGUUGUCAGGAUCGACCCCAUCAUCCAAGUUAUCCGCAUCUUUCGCAUUGCGAGAUUGUUCCGGCUACUACGAUUCUUGAAGGGCUUGAACAAGAUCUUCAUGGCAUUGUUGAUGUCAUUACCAAAGCUCAUGAACGUCCUGCUCAUUCUGUUGCUCUUGCUCAUCCUUUACAGCAUUCUGGGCGUCAGCCUUUUCUCGACGACCAAGCUCGGAGAGACUUUGAAUGUUCAUGCGAACUUCCAGAACUUCAUUCUGGCAUUCAUCACGCUGUUCCGAGCCUCCACAGGGGAGGCCUGGAAUGAGAUUAUGCACGAGCUGGCGAUGACGGAGGUGGAGCUGUACAAGCAGGGUGAGUGGUGCUCUCCGGUGGAGCUUUUCGACACAGAGGCCAAAUUCGAGGUGCUCAAAGACAAGUGCCUCAUCGAGCACCCGAAUAGUUGUGCGCAGAGCCCUUACUUUUCCUUCUGCUUCUGGGUGACCUACACCUUGCUGAUCACCUUCAUGGUCAUGAAUCUGGUGAUAGCCGUGAUUUUAGAAGGCUACGAGGAUGGCAAGGAGAGCCCAGCUUCAGAAGUUGUGGACGUCUGCGUGAAGCUGUGGCUGAAGCACGACCCAGACCACAGACUGUCACUGCCACUGGGAGAAGCCUUGAGCUUCAUCAACAAGGCUCUCAGAGAGGUUGACGGGCACCACAGCUACGCAUCUGCAUCCAAAGGCGAUCGUCCAGGCUCUUCAGGUUCCGGGUCCGGACUGCAUGUCCUGCAGUCGCUGCCGAUGAAGUACGUUGCCGCGCUCGACGUUCAGGUCGGCGAGAACGGACGGGUCCAUUUCAUCUCAGCGUGCAAGCAGGUUAUGAGAUUCGUCUGCCUCGGGGACGAUCUGGCAAGUCUCGAAGACCUUGACACAGUUGAGGAACACAUGGACAAGAAGCAGCGUGAGAAGCUGCGGAGGCUGAUCGAAAAGAGCGAGCUCCGCAUCCACAGCAAAAUUGCGAAAGACGGCCUAGCAGAAGGCCUUAGCUUCGCAACCAGCAAAGGAAAGGAAGGCAAGGGCCUGGGCGCGGGGAAGGUCCCAAUGAAGGACUUGAAGCAGGAGGUGGCGGCUUUGAAGCUUCAGACGGCCUUCAAGGGAAUCCUGAGAGGCAAGAGCAAUGGAUCCUUGGACAAGGACAAGGCCAAAGCGAAAGAAGCCAAGGACGCAGAUGCAGCACCGUCCACGUCACCCGCAGCUAAGCCUCCUAUCGUGCCUUCGGCGGUCAUGGCCUCAUCCAACCCCAUCACCAUCGCGGCGGAGCUCACGGCGGCAUUGGGCGCCGCUCGGCGCAUGGGAUGGGUCCCCGUGCUGGGGGAGAUGACGGCGGACGCUGUCGCCGACCUCAACGACGCCGCCCAGGCGGCGAAUCUGUUGCUUGAGGGCACGGCGGCUGGGAUGAGCGGCGCCGGGAUUCUGGAGAAUAUCCCCGAGGUCGGCGAGGAGUCCGACGACGAUGUGGUCCUGGGAGGUCCACUGGUGGCGACGGGAAUGGCCGGCAGAUCUGCCUCGGCGGCGGCCUCGCCCAAAGCCGCGGCGCCAACGCCUAUUGCGCCUACACCACCGACGCCUUCUGCGGCGGGGACCCGGAUUGCGCCCGUUGCGGCGACGCCUCCUGACCAGUUGGCGCCGCUCCCUAUGGCUACUCCGACGGCGAUCUCUACGGCAUCUUCACCGGUGGCCGCGGACUUCUUCAUCGGCGCCGCCACCAAGGCCAAGGCCAAAGCGCUGCUGGCGGCGCGCCUGGCGGCGAUGGAGGCAGAAUCGGCGCUGGCUUCGGGGGCCACCACACCGACGGCGCAGCCCAAGCACCAGGGGUCAGCGGCGACCAACAUCCCGCCUACGGCGCUGACGGUGGACCCCAGCCGCGAGCAGCCCGGCGAUGGCCACAUCCACCCCGACCUUGGCAUCGCGGCGUCGGUGACAGUUCCAGCGGCGGCGCCACAGCAGCCGAUGCAGACCGCGGUUCCUAUCAAGGCGGCGCCGGCAAUGCUCAGACAGCAGGCGGCGACCGUGCCAAGAAAGGCGGCGCCGCCCCAGAUCAGACAAGCGGCGCCAGCCGGGCCGGAGGCAGCGCUGCCAUUCAAGGCCGCGCCAGCACCGCCGAUAGCGUCGCCAGCCACCCAGGCCGCGGAGAUGCCUGUGAAGGAGCCACUCGACGAGGCGGCGCUGGCCAGGAUCAGGGCCGCGGCGAAGCACACCAGCUUUCCUCCGGUCGGCCAGCGCCCGGCGAACGCAAGCCAGCGGCGCUCUUCGGUGCCAACAGAGGCGAUGCGAGCCGAGCGGCGGCGCCGGGAGGCCUCAGCACAUGAGCGGCGCCAGUUCGAGGCGUAUGACCCUCGACGCUGGGGCGGCCAGGCUCCCUGGACGGCGGAAGAAGCCGGGGACAUCUCGGCGGAGUACUUCGACUACAAGCGGCGAAUGGAGAGGGCCGGCGCGUCCGCAGAGGAGACCCCAGUCCCGGCGAACUUGCGGCGCUUUGCCUAUACCUCCCUCCAGGAACUGAGGGAGAUUGAGGCCAACGGCGCGGUGCCCCGCCCACCGACGCCACGCUGCGGCGAGGACAGGCCCGAGACGGACUACCCGUUCUUGCG